CGUGGAAGAGCGCAGUAGCGAUGCCCCGGUGACCGGUCCCCGGUGGAGAAGUCGGCGGGAGAGGAGAGGAGAGAGAACGAUGGGAGACGCCGCGGACCCGGUCAGGGACCCGAGGAAGACCUUCAUCGUCCCCGGAAUCAGAGCCUUCGAUCACUACGAUUUCUCCAGAGCGAAGACCGUGUGCAGCCUCUCCUGGUUGGUGGCCAAGGCUUUCGGGACAGACCAUGUACCAGAGGAACUGGUGGAGCCAUUUUAUACCGACCAGUAUGACCAGGAACACAUCAAGCCACCCGUUGUCAACUUGCUUCUUUCUGCUGAGCUAUAUUGUCGUGCUGGCAGCCUGAUAUUGAAGAGUGAUGCUGCAAAACCAUUGCUGGGCCAUGAUGCUGUUGUACAGGCUCUUGCACAGAAGGGUCUUUAUGUUACAGAACAGGAGAAGCUAGUGACUGAGAGGGAUCUUCGCAAGAAACCGAUUCAGAUGGCUGCACACGUAGCCAUGAUUGACACUCUGAUGAUGGCUUAUACUGUGGAGAUGAUCAGCAUUGAGAAGGUGGUCUCGUGUAUUCAGCAGUUCACAAACUUCUUCCCAGCCACAGACCUUCCCUACGAUAUUGAAGAUGCCAUCAUGUGCUGGAUAAAUAAGGUUAAUGGACAUUUGAAAGAGAUAAUCAACCAGGAACAGAGAUCCCAGGCUUCGGAACCACCAGGAGGUCAAAGGUCUCCUACCAAAUGGUAUUGGAAACUGGUUCCUGCCCGGUACAGGAAAGAUCAAGCACUACCCAAACAACUGCCCUGCAUCCCUUCAGUGGAAAAUCUAUUGAAAGACACCACAGAUGGUUGUACUUUAACAGCAUUGAUCCACUUCUACUGUCCUGACGUCAUCCGAAUGGAAGAUAUAUGCCUGAAGGAGACCAUGUCAUUGGCUGAUGGUCUCUAUAAUCUGCAACUGAUUCAGGACUUUUGUCAGGGGUACCUGAACCAGUGCUGCCAUUUUACCCUGGAAGAUAUGCUCUACGCCUCCUCCUCUAUCAAGAAUAAUUACCUGGUGUUUAUGGCAGAACUCUUCUGGUGGUUUGAGGUGGUGAAACCCCCUUUUGUGCAGCCUCGAGUGGUUUGUGAAGUGGAAGCUGAACCAGUCCAGCCUAUAAGGAACAUAACCGCUGCUUUCCCAAUUUCGAAUGCUACUAGAAGGAGCUUCACGGAUACUUCUCCCAGCUCUGCCUUCAGCUCCAGCAAAGUGAGUCCGACAUUUUCACCCUCACAGCCCCUUCUACCCUUGAGACACACCCAGCAACGACCUCAUUCUUCUGGUACAGGAAUGAUGCGGCGAUCAACAUCCUUGUCUUACGUGGAGGGUUAUGCGGGAACCUGGCCUGAAAAGAAACCAAGGUCGUCUCCCCAAGCAGUGGCAUUCUGCAUUCCCUUUGAUUCCGAGAACAACCUUGAUAUCUCCACCCCCAAUAAUCGGCCGAUAAUUAGGUCAAUUAGCAAUGACAGUUUGGUUUCGAACCUCAACAACACUCCCAAACGUUUAAUGAGAAACUCAUCUUUCCAGCCAAUAAAUGGGCAGAAUGAUGGAAUUGAAGAGGAAAUGCACUUACCUAAUCACACUGAUAAAUCCCCUAAAAGUUCGACCAAGAGGCAUGGGUUAGGAAACCCAAGGAGAAGAUCGAUGCAUGAUACCGUGUUAAAUGGACCAAUUGAAAAUAUUAGCGAUUUGGAUGACUAUAGCAAUAAUAUUGGGCCACCAAGCAUUGAAGAAGCUCUGCAAAUAAUUCAUGAUGUAGACAAAUCUUCGGAUCUUCAAUCAGAACAGCUAACUGAUGGCUUUUUCCUGCAUCUUAAAAAUAGCAGUGACAUGCCUGUCAAACCUAAAAUGAACCAAGCCAGCAGCCUGGAUUCAAUUGCAGAGAUUAAGGGCAUUGUAAGCCCUAUGACUGAUAACACUGAGGUGGACACUGGGAUUCAUGUGCCAUCUGAAGAUAUUCAAGAGACAAUGGAUGAGGAUUCUUCCUUAAGGGAUUAUACUGUAAGUAUGGAUUCGGACCUGGAGGAUCCUUCAAAACCUCAUGACACUGACAUAACCAACAGUAAUUACAAAUGUUUGCCAACUCCUCUUGCAAAUUCACUGAGUACUGCAUUGCACGUUGGAAAUGCUAUCUCCCCUGGGUCUGCAAUUAAAAUGACCAGCUUUGCUGAGCAAAAAUUCAGAAAGCUGAACCACACCGAUCCCAGACUGAGUGGCAGUAGUUCCCAAAAGACAACACCAGAGAGUUCAGAGCUUAACACCCCAGGCGUGGUGUCCUGGGGUCAGACGCCUGAGCUGAGUCCCCUCAGGCAAACCAGAGAUACCGCUCAGCUGCUGGCAUCUGAGAUGGUUCAGCUCAAAAUGAAACUAGAAGAAAAGCGCCGAGCCAUUGAAGCCCAGAAGAAGAAAGUUGAGGCUGCUUUUACAAGGCAAAGGCAGAAAAUGGGCAGGACUGCAUUUCUGCACGUAGUGAGAAAGAAGGCUGAUGGCAUUUGCACAGUGAAGGAAGAGCUUGGUGAUGAGAGUGAGAAAUCUUCACAGCAGAAGAAAGUGUCUAAAGUGGAGCCAAUUGAUGAAAAUGAGGAAUUGAAAAUCGAGGAAGUCGGAAUGAACUGCAAUUCAGCAGAUGGCAUCAAAAGAGAUCUGGAUGAACUACAUACACAGGGCCUUAAGUCCCCUACCACACCAGUUGAUUCAGAAAAGCAAGUUUCAUGGAACUUAGCUAGCCCCUCGGAAGAGGCCAUAGGAGAGGCUGAAAUAGUGGAAUACAACCGGUUAAUUGAGAAAAUGAACACUGCUUUACAUGCCCUGCAACAGGAGAUGCAACGUUUGGCACAACAGCAAGAAGUAAUAAUGCACAUGCGAGAACCACAACAAGCCUGGGUAAUUUCUCCCCCUCAACCAUCCCCACAAAAGCAAGUCCGAGAGCUUCGAUCUUCUUCAAGAUCAACCGGGUCCCUCUCUCCUUCCCUAUCCUCUUCUGGUGAAUCACCUCGCUCGACUCAACGCUCCCCACAAAUUUUGCACAGAAAGCCUGCGUACCCUCAUGUUAAAAACUCUCGCACCACAAGGCCAAGUGAAUUGAAAAUCACCCCUCUAAAUCGUGUCCUCAGUCUCCCUCGUUCCGUCGAUAGUCUUCCUCACCUCAGAAAGUUCUCUCCGAGUCAGGUCCAAACGAGAUCUUUCAUUUUUCUUGGAGAUGACGGGGAGAAACAGUCUGAUCAUCAUUCGAAGCAAAAGUGUGAGGAUUCAACCAAUGAUAAACCAGCAGACAUCAGAGUGACUGAUGAGCAACCCUCACACACAGACAAGGAUGAUGGAAUAAGCCGUGUUGAGCUCUGGUUUGCUCAAAUGCCCUCAGUGUCCAGAGAAGCAUCUGUGGAUUUUCCCGACAGUCCUGUUAAAAAGAAGGAACCUCCUAACCAGACCCCAAAGGCUGGUUUAAUUGAGGUUUCCCUUUCAGACCUGAAACCUUCAGAGGAGGAAACAGAGUUGGAUGAAACAAAUGAAGGUGAUGCUGACAGAGAGCACUUUGAGGAGGAUCAGAAGUUAUGUUGUGGGUUCUUCUUCAAAGAUGAUCAGAAAGCUGAGGAUGACAUUGCCGUGAAGCGAGCAGCACUUCUGGAGAAAAGGAUGAGGCGAGAGAAGGAGAAGCAGGUUCGGCGACAGCAGCUGGAGGCUGAGUUAGAAGAGAAAAAGGAAGAAACCAGGCGCAAAGCAGAAGAGGAGCGGCAAAAAAAGGAAGAUGAACGAGCACGCAGAGAGUUUAUUAAGCAGGAAUAUCUGAGAAAGAAACAGCUGAAGCUAAUGCAAGACAUGGAUAGUGUGAUCAAGCCUCGUCCCACCACGUUAAAACUGAAAAAAGCUCGUCCAAAGUCCUUCCGGGAGGAUGGAGAGCAUCGCAGGACGCCUGUCAGGUCAUCAGAAGUGUCCAGUCUGUCUUUGGCAUCACUAAACCUAGCAGAGACAGAUCAUACACAUUCAGGAAAAAGAACUCCCAGGUACAGCAAGUCAUUGAAGCUUCUGAAACCAUCCCUGAGGAACAGAUGUAAUAAAAUGACAGAAUCAGUGGAGGGCUCUGUGUCACCGAGUUGUAAUGCAAGUCACAGUGGUGAGAAAGACUGGGAGAACGGCUCCACCACUUCCUCAGUGGCCUCAGCAACAGAAUAUACAGGACCAAAGUUAUACAAAGAGCCCAGUGCAAAAUCAAACAAACACAUCAUUCAGAAUGCUAUAUCUCACUGCUGCCUGGCUGGAAGAGUUAAUGAGAAUCAGAAAAAUAAAAUAUUGGCGGAAAUAGAGAAGUCAGAAGCCAAUCAUUUUUUGAUUCUUUUCCGGGAUCCUGCAUGCCAAUUCCGAGCACUCUAUACCUACAGUCUGGAAACCGAAGAGAUCGUUAAACUGGCAGGAAUAGGACCCAAAGGUAUCGGAAAGAAAAUGAUUGAGGGACUUUACAAGUACAACUCAGAUCGGAAGCAGUUCAGCAACAUUCCUGCCAAAACGAUAUCAGCCAGUGUGGACGCAAUUAUCAUCCACGGCCACUUGUGGCAGAAUAAGAGACCUGGAACGCCUAAAAAACUCACUCCUUCUAAAUCAUAGUAGGGGAAAAAUCAUCAAGAAAACAAUUAAUGGCAUUAAAUAAUUGCACUGCGUCAUAACUGCCUGAGAAGGAAGGGUUUUCUGCCAUCUUUUGUAGAUCUGUCUACAAUCUAGUUUGUACAAUAAUCGAAAACUGGACACCAGACCCUGCUUUCAUUUUGCACAACUGGAAUGUAUUAUGUGUUAAACAGGCGUCGAAAGACAUCACUGUUGCAAUUAGGUUUUAAAAGAAAGUUAAUUGUAAAGUAGUUUGAAUCGAAUCAUGCUUGUAGUUUUCUAUUUGCUAGUUAAUGUGACAUGAAUACCAUUAUUGUGUAGUUUCGUACACUGGAGCGUUGUUGGUCUGAAGGUUACAUAUUGAAACCAAACUGUAAGGCCCAAUAUCUGUAACCAUUUUGCCUCCUCAUUUUAAUGUUUUUACAACUACCAUCGGGUUCAUUUAAAGGUAUCUUUUAAAGGAUCGGUGUUUUUUAUGCAUUCUGUCUUCAUGUUAAACUUUCCUCUGUAUUAGCCAUAACUAUAUAUCGGGGCUAUUGGAUUUGGAAGGCUGCUAUAUUACUGUUAUUUACAGUUACAGAUAACUACUGGUCGGGUGCCAUUAUUUUUCCAGAACACUUACUUGCUGGAUGCAGGUUUUGUACCAGUUUGGGCAAUUAGUUAGGAACUUAACAGUGUUAGUUACACAAUUUUUACGCUAUUAAAGUAAGAAUUCUGUGCUGGCAAUCCCAGCGUUCGAAUUAAGUGCAGAACUGGUUUAUGCAACAGUAGCUUCAUUUGAGACUACCGAUUGUGGCUAAUCACUGCUGUUUACAUGGUGCCCUGUUCUUAACACAUGCAACAGGGUACAUCGCACAUUGUGAAUGGAUAGUGAUGAAUGAGUCUUAAGUGGAUGAUGUGGCCAAAAUCUGACACUAGAUUAGCUUUAGUGAGUGAUGUUAGGAUAUGUGUGCUUUUUGGGGGAGAAAUCCAGAGAAUGAGAUUGAGGAAAUGGCAAAGGUACACAAUUUUAUUGAAGAACGGUUUUAUUAAUUCCAUGAUCAGAUGAACAACCUGUGCAUUUCAUGUUUAAAACAAAAACUACAGAAAGCUAACUGACAUUCCACCUUUGAGGACUCAUUCCGUCGUAGAUAAUCAUGUGCACGUUUAUCUUUCUCAAAAUGUCAUGUACUUGUUUAUUUUAGUGUCUUGGAAAAGUGAAACUUUGACAAGUCCAUUUUUAUAUCCUGUUUGAACAUCCAGCUGAAGCAGAUGGCAGAAAUUGUGGUGACUUUGUACACGGCUUUGGAUUGCUGUUCGUCAGUGCAGACUAACGCCAUAUUCACACAUUGUCUGAGAAUCUUGUAGAAAGCAAUACUGGAAUAAUCUGGAUCGGAGGCAUUUUUCCUCGUGUUACUGUGCAGGACUUGCUUCCUGCUUUUUUUUUCUUGGAGAAAUUGUUAUAGUUAAAGCAGUGCAUCCACCUCCCAAGUUUCCUGGUGUUUUAUUUGUGUAAUAAAACCUUUCAUCUGCAUGAAA